CCCCGAGCAUGUGACCGCGCCGCUCGGGUCGCUAUCGAUCGUGGGCGGCGACUGCGGGGACUGGGAUUCGGGACCCGGGAGCCCGGAGCAGGGAGCGAGCAGACACGGCCCCGCGCCCGCCCAGCGUACUCGCCAUGCGGAUGCAUUUCUUCUUCUCAGAUGAGGUGGUGCUUCUGUUCGAUUUCUGGAAUGUCCACAGUCCUGCAGGCAUGGCCCUUUCAGUGCUGGUGGUCCUGCUGCUGGCUGUGUUGUAUGAAGGCAUCAAGGUUGGUAAAGCUAAGCUGCUCCACCAUGUUCUAGUGAGCAUGCCUACUCCCAACAGCCAACAGCUCACUGUGGAAACAGACCAGGAUUCUGCAAGCUCAGACUCAGCUCCAGCCAGCCGAUCCCGCCUCAGGUGGUUUUUGUGUCACUUUGGCCAGUCCCUACUUCACGUAAUUCAGGUAGUCAUCAGCUACUUCAUGAUGCUGGCUGUAAUGACCUACAACACCUGGAUCUUUUUUGGUGUGGUCCUGGGCUCAGCUGUAGGCUACUACCUAGCCUACCCACUUCUUGGCAUGGGUUAGCUGUUGAGGGCUGUGCAGGCACUGAAGGCUAGUGGGGCUGAGGCUUCUUCUUCAGAUAUUGUAUUGCCAACUCCACAUUUCCUCUUUCUUCUGAUGGCUGUUCCUCAUCUCGCACCCAGCUCCUGGAAACUUUCAGCCAAAGCCAGCACUUCUCCCUGGAGUUUGGAGGCCAUGACAACUGCCUCUUCUUAGCCAGCCUGCACAGGGCCCAAACCUAGUCUUGUGCCCUAACAAGGCUGCUGAGACCAAAGGGAGGAUGGAAAGAACAGAACCCAGGCGCAGAGUUGCUGAGCGCAAGCUGACUUAUUUUUGUAACUCAAAACUUAAGAAUUUCCAAAGAUCUUCAAGAUGGUGAAAUGGUUCCAUGUAAUUAAGGAUAUGGGACCUGGAUACCCUCUGCUUUCUUGACCUGUGCCUUAUCAAGAGAAGCAUCUGCCACUGACCUUCCUGACAAUUUUCUCCUUUGAAGACAGAGACCCAAGCUGGCUCUUCUUUUCUCACACUUAGGUUUUUUGUUUUUGUUUUUGUUUUUUUUACCAGAUCACUGUUCAGCUCUGGCUUAUGGUGGUGCAGGGGAUUGAACCUGGGACUUUGGAGCCUCAGGCAUGAGAGUCUCUUUGCAUAACCAUCAUGCUAUCUACCCCUGCCCACACUUCUGUUUAUGGAACACACAAAAGAUCAUCUCAUCUGUGGAUCAUAUUAACAAAAAUUGUUUUCUUUUUUUAAUUUUUCCCCACUGAAGUCCUGGCUGGAAACUUUGCAUUAGUACAAAACAAAAUUUCUAAUGAUUUUAUUCAGUUCACGAGGGAUGUGAGCAUCUGUUGGGAACCUGUUGGCCCUUCCUGGAUUAACAGUGAUAGUAGACUAAAGCAAAAUAGGACUAUCAUCCCAGGUUCCUGACUUGUCCUCUGGAUAGAGAGAUCUCCUUCCAUCAUACUACACUGCCUGCAAGUGAAAGACACCGAAUGGUUUUAUGUGUCUAGGGAGCUCUUUGUGGCCUUAUUGCCCCAUCUCACCCUAAUCCUCCUCCCAUGUAGAACACACCAAUGCAUUGAACAAUAUGCAAUCUUUAGCAUUCUCUAUUACCUACUGCUCACCUAUAAUAAUCUGGUGGGGAAACGUGAUUCAUUCACUUAAAAUACUAAGCAGAUCAUGGGGAAUAGAGAGUGAAGAUGCAAUAAAAAGCCAAACCAAAGCCUUACAAUUAGAUAGAUAGAAUUCUUCAGAUAUUUGAACCUCUUUGCUUUAUAGAAAAGAAAAUUAAGUCUAGAGAGAGAAUAAUCACUGGUGUAUACAUACUGUCAUACUUCUACUCAAGAACCUCAUGAGAUUGAAGAUAGAAGAUCUUAACCUCUGUGAACUAAAAAUUAGAAAUACAUUUAAUAGGUAUACAUUUUUAUAUAGUCUUGAGACCACUCUGCUGGUUUCUUUUAUUCCAAAAGUAAGUGGAUAUAACCCUUUUAAAAGCUGCAGUUUAAAAGCUGAGUUUAAAUAUGGUAAUUUAUUUGACUUCGUUUUGUUUUAUUUUGUUUUGCUAUCAGUGAGACUUCACUACUCUGGGCCUGCAUUUUCAGAGAGACAGAGGGAAAGAUACCAUAGCACUGAAGCUGCCCCUAACACAGUGGGGGCUAGGCUCAAACCUGGGCACAUGGAAAAACAGGCACACUAUGCAAGUAAGCUAUUUUGCUGGCUUAUAUAUAUAUUUAGUCUAGAGAUUAUAUGGUUAUACUCUGUAGGCAUUUAAUGCCAAGUCACCGAGGUAGUAUAUCCACCCCCCCUUUUAAUCUUAACACUUACAUAGUGUUUAUUAGUGUCAGGCAGAAUAUUUUCUAAGCACUUUAUAAUAUUAACUCAUUUAAUCUUCAUAACAAUAGAAACUACUGCUAUCUGAAGAAGCUGGGAGCUAGCCUAGGGUUCAAGCCCUGGCACCACAGCAUGAUAAGAAUCUCUACAGAUGGUGGAGUGUUAUUGUAGUGUCUCUCCCUUUCUCAGCCUACAAUAAAAAGAAUGAGCAGGAGCUGCCCCACAAAUGGUGGGAUCACACGAGUGAGGGCCCAAGUGCUGGAAAAAAAAAUCAAAUCAAACCAAAAGAGGCUAAGGAAAGUUAAAGUCACCCAGCUGUUAAGUAGCAAAGCCAGGUGGCCUCCUUCCACCCUCUCCUUGUGUCUGCUCUUCUUCAACUCAGAUGAAGUAAUGUGGCUGGAGGGUAACUGUGUAAGACCACAUGGAAGCCAAUGGGGCAGGGCUAUGACCACAGAUCACGGAGACUGAAAAGCCUGUGCUCUGUGUAUUUUACCAUAAUAGGGAGAAAUUUGAUUUCAGAUGAUCUUGGAUAGGGCCUGGAUGCCUGUUUGUGACAAGCAUAUCGGUCCCUCUCUCCAACUCAGUGAUGGUCAGGCAAGGGAGGGAAUGCCGCUGAAGUGGCCAAGAGCCUGGCACUGAUCAGGAUCUAAAUCUUUAUUCUGCUGCUACUAGCUAUGUAACCUUGAAAAUGUUACUUUGCUUCUCUAAUCCUCAUUUUCUCCUCUAUAAAAUAGGGGUUACUGUGUCUUCUGCAGGGAGUUCUGGCAAUGAGACAGUCUAAGUGUUAAACAACAGUGUUUGUAAAAUAAGGAAGUCUAAUAAAUGGUUGCUCUUAGUGGUCUUCCAUCCCCUGUAUUGAAGACAGGCUCAACACUGUUAUCACAAUGGAUUAUGUCUGGUGAGAUUCCUAUCUUAUGUUUUAAAUCAGGGAAUAUUUUUAUUAAAAUUAUUCUGCUUACUAAAAA